CGCACUUCUCCGUUCAUAUUUCCUUUCCCAGGGACAUGGCUGUGGAUUCGCCUGGCUGGUACGCUUGGCUUAGCCGCCCGUCGCUGCUGACGCUGUCAUGGAAGAGGUUAGAGAGUGAGCGCGCGCGUGCGUGGUCUUGGAGGGAAAGAGAGAGAGUAUGUGUAUGUACGCGCGUGCGUGUGUGAGCGGCUUGUUACAGCGGAGUGAGUGGUCAUCGGCACCUCUGGGCCUAAGGACACGGAGCUGUACUGUCCGACUCAACAAGCUGUUUUGGUGACGUAGGGUGAGGCCGUGGUGGCUUGAGACUUAUACUACCUUCUGACAGAUAAACUCUCGCGCGCUCUGAUAACCUGGUGUGCGCUACCAACUGACAGAUAAUCUGUGGUGCGCCACAUACUUACAGGACGCUGAUCGUACGUGCGGGGAAGUUGAAUGUUCGCACUCCCUAGCCGCAGGGACAACAACACUACAGACUUUCUUCUGAGGGUUUGGACGUUGGGUGGACAAGGCGGUCUUGUAUCUGCCAGUAUCGGUCAAACAUCUCGUGGUCUGGAAACUUCGAGAGUGCAAAGUGUGAAGUCUGGUUGCGAAUUGGGAACCACCUUCCCCAAAACAGUUGACUAAGCUGAUGUCGAGCGGAUUGAAACCAAAGCAGAUUCUCUACGUAAACGAAAACUUCAAAAUUCGCACGCCUCGUUUCGACUUGGGCUGAGAUCAUUUGAAGGACUUCAUCACUUGUGCAAGCCUACCAUCUGAAUAUGGACCUGAUUUCAAUUGAGUCUGUUGUGUAAAUAAUCGAAAACAAUUCACUGACUCUAAAGCAAAAACCAUGGCGGAUUAUGUACUGACUACGUCCCUACCUCAGACUGUGACAACCAUCUUGUCCUUGGCAACAAACGUGAGUCCAGCUCUGGACAACAGCUCGCAGGGUAGCCCAGAAGGCGAUGAGUGUGAGAAUGUGCAGUAUAUUCCUGGUAUAGUUAGUAACGAGACGAGACAAGGUCUAGAGAACUUCGCUCGAGGCUACGGCAAAGUUCAUGGCUAUGUCGCCAUCGCAGUCUGCCUUUUCGGUGUUCUCUCCAACAUCGCAAACAUCAUCGUGUUGACAAGGAAAAAUAUGGCUUCCAGCACCAACACGCUUCUACUGUGGCUUGCUGUGUCAGAUCUUCUGACAAUGCUCAGUUACCUCCCGUUUGCGAUACACUUUUACGUCAUGGUUCCACAAGACCCAAACAGGCCUCCGUUCAGCUCCGACGAGUUCUCCUGGAUUUGUUUUCUCCUGUUCCACGCUAGCUUCAGCAUCGUGUGUCAUUCUAUAGCCAUAUGGCUCACUAUCGCCUUAGCUAUUUUCCGCUAUAUCUACAUUUGUAAGCCUACGCGUGGCUCCUACUAUUGCAGCCAGCAGAGAGCGAGGUAUGUCGUGAUUCUCGUCAUUGUCCUCACCAUCAUCAUUUGUAUCCCCAACUACGCCGUCAACACGUACAUGCACCACGAGGUCCCAGCCAAUCCAGACGUCGGCGACAGCAACACGACGACUGCAAGGGCAGUCACCGACUCCUCUCUCUUCAGCGACAACGGCACUAAAGUUUCGGGAGGCGGGGGUGGUGCAGCCCUAUCCUUCUACUUCCCAAUCUUGCGCCAGUCCACCACUGUGGACAAAUUCAUUAUACAGAUCAACUUCUGGGUCCAGGCCAUUCUGAUCAAGCUGAUCCCAUGUGGAAUGUUGACCACUCUCACGCUGCUGCUGCUUCAUGCUAUGCACAAGGCGUACCGCAAAAGGCUCAAACUUAAAUCCCAGGGCCGUAAAGCUGAGUCAGACAAGCACGGAGAACAUAACCGCACAACAGGCAUGUUGUUGGCAGUGGUUGUUCUCUUCACUCUGACGGAAUUGCCUCAGGGUAUCCUCACUCUAGGAAAUAUAUUUUUCAAGUGCUUCACCCAGCUCGUGUACUACCCGCUCGGUGACCUCAUAGACAUGAUGGCGCUCACCAAUAACUCUGUCAACUUCGUACUCUAUUGCACCAUGAGCACGCAGUUCCGCACAACUUUCGCAGCUAUUUUCUGCCCUCAAAGAACGGGAAGACCAAAAUGGCUUAAACUGAGAUUGGUGAAAUCUCGACCUGGAGGUGGGAGUGGAGGAGGAAGCGGAGGAAAGAAUUCUUCAAUUGAGGUCAACGACAAAGAUGGCAAGCACACCCGCGCAAACAAUAACGGACGUGCACGUGCCGCCAGCAAGCCGGACCAGCCAGUGGAUGAGUCUCUGACUGUGUGUAACGAGCUCAACAACAAAGGACCUGUUCAGAUCCACGAUCACAGUAACAACGGCAGCGACGGACAGCCGCUCGCUCACAGCGACAAGAUUCCGCUCACGCCUGACGGCAGCAACGGAAACACGGCCACGCACACACACGGCUACUCGGCGGAACACGCGCAUGUAUGACUUCAGACUCAUCGUUGAUGAACCACACUGAGGACUUUCCUCUGUACCUGGUCCCGUCACAAUCGGAAGGAUGUUUAUUCAAAUAUUGGCCCGGCCUUUAAAGAACAUACUGUCUCCUUAAUAAGGACAAUGUCAUUUCCACACAAAGAAACUAGGAAACUAAAGACAUGGACUGCAGAACUUUGACUGAGCUCAGUUGAGAAUGAUGUCAGAUACUGUAGGUGAAACUGAGAUAAACCGUUGAUAGUUUAUUUAUCUUAUGGCAUCUUUUUUAUAAGUUCAUCUGAUACUUACCUCUAGAGAGAGACCUAUUUUUUGGAUUUUUGGAGACUAGUUGGAUAAAUUCUCCGGUUCGCCGCAAGUAUGAUUGUGUAUCUUGAUCAUUUCUCAAGUUAAAUUGAUCAAAUGCAUUUAAUGAUCAGUUUCUCGGCUGAGAACAAUCCUUACUUACCUUGUUUUGUGAUUGUAAAUAAUUUACUGUAAAUGAUUUGCGUCCACAUUGAGACAAUUUAGGUCAUUUAGGAGUGGCGCUGCUUUAACCCUGCUUGCAAGGUCAACCCGGACUGAGCGAGAUACAGUAUCUUGAGAAAGAGAGAUACUCGUUAAAAACUGGUUUCCCCAUACGGGAAUCAAACUCAUGUCUUUUGUCUGCAACGGCUAAAAGCCUAAUCAUUACACCACGAUGAAGACAUGAUGAUUGUGCAUCUGUAGUAGAGACCACAGUCAGGUAGUUAUUAAUUCUGCUGUGUUGUUGAAGUGUUACUAUAAUAUAAGAAUAACAUAACGCCUCUAUAAUAAGGCUUCAUCUAAUGAGCUCAUAUUCUGUUCGCUAAUGCUGACGAUAUAUCGGUGAUAAAGUAAUAAUUUCAUGACAAUCAUGGUAACCAUAAUAUGGUGGGGGUGAA